AGCUACCACCCAGUUUAUUGGUUAUUACACUUCAGUAUAUGUGUUUCCAUCGACAUAUAACUUCUGCCUCUUGUACGUAAUAAAGAAUUUCUACAUUGUCAUUCUGUGUAGCAGACAAAAAGACACUACGCGUCAAUCAGCCAGUCAACGACAACAACGUAGUGAUUACUCGGUCACAUUGGCUUGUGGAGCCAUUAAUAAUUAUAGCCAGCAAUCGCAUUGUGUCAGUGUAAUCGACUCUAACGAAAGACACGGGUGGAGUGUAACAACGAACACAACAACCUUAUUGACAGUGCAACAGAAGCGCAAGUGGCUGCAUAAAAGCGACUAUGUAGCUGUUUUGCGGGUAUGGAACUGGUAUGGUUUUAGCCAGCAACGAAUGGCUUAACAGUUGCGAAGAUGAGCAAAAGACGACGUCAGGUAAUUCACAACCAGCGACAAGUACAACUGCUACAACACCCGCAACAGAAAUUCACGAGGGUGCCGGCCCAACGCCAGUUGCUCCAACGACAGAGGUCACCAGCACGACUAGCACCACAACUACAGCGAAUCCAAAUACACCACCAACAUUAACAACGGCGCUCAUUGCCAGCGCAUAUAACGAAAUUAUGUCUGAAAAUAGGGAAACACAUCAUCCACAGCAGCAGCAACAACAACAACAACAGCCAUCGCAAAAUAAGAAAAACAGUAUCAGCGACGUCUUAGUAGCGCCAGUUAGUCUGAACGAUGUAAAUACACCGACCGCUCAAGAAAUUGUUAAUAAUAAUAGCGAAGUGUUGAACUGUGAUACUUCAAAUGUAACUUCAAAUUCUAAUGCAAAUAACACAAAUGCCAAUAGCAAUAUUAAUGACAGCAUUAGUGAUAAUAGUGGAGGUGUUGGCGAUGCUGGUAUGAAUGCAAAUACCGGCAUCAGUAACAAUGCCAAUAAUACCAAUUUGUACUCCAAUCCGAAUUCAAACGCGAGCACACUACAGUCCGCCAUUGUACGCCAAUCGAAAGGGUCCACUGUCACCAUCGGCACAGCACAGCCGGGCGGACUCAUGCCACUCAGAGGCCCCAUAACGGCGCAAGCUCUGAGCACCGCACUGCAGUCGGCUAUGAAUCUUAGCAAUAAUACCAAAACCACAAGUGGACCAGCGGUGGGCAAUCUGCAAAAUAAUUUUCUCGGCACGCUGGACCUGGAUAUGGGUGCAGCAAAUAUUGUUUCACUGCAACAUACCGUAAAAGAGAUAAGUUCGUCUAUAUGCAGUGCGUUUGUGGAGGCACAAUCAAAUAUAACCAAUAACGCCAGCAAUCCGGUGCAGAAUGUAGGUACUAGCGGCAACAUUAGUAUGAAUAUGGAAGCUACGGAAAAUAAUGGUCAGGCGAAAAUUGUACUGCUCUGCGAAGCAAACUCACAUCCGUUCCAGACACGCACCAUAUUUCUAAUGCCGAAUAUCGAAUGCAAAGUUGGACGUUUGAUUGCGAAGAGUAAAGCCUCUGAAUCGAAUGCGAUAUUCGAUUGUAAGGUAUUAUCACGCAAUCACGCAGUACUGUGGUACACAGAUGAUGGAAAAUUCUGGGUGAAAGAUACAAAAUCAUCAAAUGGUACUUUCAUUAAUGAAAAUAAACUGGGCACUGAAGCUGCAGAACUACAUUUCGGUGAUAUUGUUAAAUUUGGUGUCGAUGUGCUGGAGAAUUCGCGCAAAGAAGUUCACGGCUGUAUUAUAGCUUUCGUAAAGCUGUACUUGCCCGAUGGUCGUGAGGCCAUAUCAAUCGAUACGACCACCCAACGCUCACAGUAUUCAGGCGAAGGUCGUAUCAGCUACGAGGAGAUGCAUCGCUUGAACUUGUACAUGCAAGAGGUGUCACAGAGAGAGAAAGCGCUUAAGUCGAAACUUUUUAAUAUACAAAAUGUUUUGGAUGCAACGCGCAAAAAUUCAGCGCUUUGCUGGCAAUCCUUAAUUGCCGAGGAUCAGUUGCUGCAUCGCAUCAAUUCAUUGGAGAAAAAAUUGCAGAUAAUGGAGAAGAAUGUGCCAGAGAGCGUACUGCGAAAUGAGGUAUUAAAACUGCUCGAAGACAAAAACUCAUAUCAACUUACAGCCAAAGAAGCCUUACGCAAAGUCUACCAGGAGCGCUGCGACGCACUGCAAAUGCUCUCGAAAAUGGAAUUGGCCUAUGCCAAUUCGGAUGGUGAAUGCAAGAUAUUGCGUGAUCAAAUAAUGAAUACGAAACAGUCACUACAGGAUGUGAAUACACGUUUACAGCGCCUCGAAACAGAUUACAAUGAAUAUAAAGAGGAAGCCGAACGUAAGCAACAGGAGAUAAAAGAACAAGAAGAACUGCGUAUUGCAGAAAUGAUGGAGAAAUUGCAACUGCGUGAAUUGGAAUGCGACGAUUUGCGUCGUCGUGUAUCCGAAUUCAUGUUGCAGCGUGCUGAACUGGUGGAUGAAGAGGAAAAACAGCUGCAAUUGCAGGCCAUUGAGAAGCUAGACGCAGUUAUAGGCGAUAUGGAUUUGGGAGAGGAUGACGAUGACGACGACGACGAUGAUGACGAAGAUGAUAAUAGUGAUGUGAAAGGUGAUGAAGGUGACGGCGAACAUAAGGAGGAUGGAAACGAGAAGGAUGGUGGUAAAAAAGCAUUGCGAAAGUCAGCGGUGGCGAAAGGUCUCGAGGCAAUGAAUGGCGUGGAAGCGAAAAUCAUGAAUAGCAGCAACGAAAAAGAGGUGUUAAACAUUUCACCCAAAUCGGAUGUUGCGCAAAAGAAGUGCAAGCAAAAAGGCAGCGCCAAAGAAUCGACAAUUCUCAAAUGGCUGCAAAAUUCCGAUCUGAAUCAAAAGGAAGGUUCCAUCGAUAUUUUCAAAGCCAUUUGUAAUGAGUCCGAUUCGAGUGAUGAACCAGAUCUUCCAGCGAUUGAAAACGAUGCUGUGAACGUGGACAGUGAAAGUGGUAUUGACACCAAUACAACUUCAGCCGAGGAGAUCAAAUUGAAAUACAAGAAAUCGAAGAACAAAUUACAAAGCGUACAGGCCAUACUAUGUCAAUUAGUAGAGACAGAAAUGGCAAAAGAGUGCUAUAAAUCAUCUGUUGCUGUUGAGCACAACGAUGAAGAAAAUGAGGCUUUAAAGUUGUCCGGAAAUGAAGAGGGGCAUGCUUCGACGAAUGACGAUCAAAGGUUGGUUCUACUCAAGCGCAGUGUAGCCAUGCUGAGUGAAGCGUACAAAGAACUCUGCGAUAGUUUGAAUGAGAAAGAGAUACAUAAGUCAUUCACGGCGGACAUGAAAGAGAUAUCGCCGCAACUCACAACAAUUGCUCAGACGCAAUUCGAAAACUAUGCACCACUCAAUACCAGCGGCGGCAGUGCAGUAAAAAGGCUGAGCACACAGGAUACACUGAAGCCGCUUGCAGAGGCUGUUGAAGAUGAGGUGCCUGAAUUCGACUUGCGUGAGAGUAAUCUGCAACCGCAGCACAAAAUUGACGAAGAAUGCACCACUGCAGUGACUACGCCAUCCACAAUCGUUUCGCCCGGCGACAUAGUGGACAAAGCAAUCAGCAUCAGUGAGGAAGUGCUCGCAUAUCAGCAACAGAUAAAAGAGCUGAACCAGAAGCUUGAACAAGUGGAGUGUGAUGCGCAAAAUACACUGGAAAUCAUGCAAAUUGAAUGCGACACUUUCAAAGAGAAAGUGACGCAACUAACCAAAGUAGUUCAAAAAGAGUGCGAGGAGAAACAAGAGCUGGAGAAACUGCUCGAAGCGCGUUCCAGUAUGGAGAAAGUACAUAUGCCGACAGAACAAAGCACGGAAAAACGGUUGGAUGCGGCAACGGCAAUCAAAAUGCCACUAAGUGGAGCCGCAGUACCUGAGGCUAGCGCUAACGAAAAGGCGUCGGAAUUGCACGAUUGCAGCGGCGAUGAGUUGCGAGCCGCUGAUAAGGAAAAUUCCACUAGCGACAAAUUGGAUGCGGAUUUCGAAGCGCAAUUGCAUGACGACUUGGUGGCCAUAAAUAGUAAUGCACUGCAGCGCGAGGAGGAGCUGAUCGUGUACAAAGAACGUUUGGAGAAGACGCAAAACGACAAUCUGCAGUUGCGCAACGAGAUAGCGACUUUGCUACUGAAAUCGGGCACACAGGCUCAAACGCAUAUGGUCAAGCAAUUGCUAGCAUAUGGCACAGUAGUGGUGGCCAUUAUUGUUUACUUUAUCACAAUGUAUUUCUAAGUGCUGCUGUUUGCCGUUGUUUUAUGUAUGUGAAGCGAAAGUAAGCGAACUCGAACGAGGAACGGAUAGAUAAACAUAUAAAAUACAUCAAAAUAAAGUGGGAGCAUGUUAAAGCUAAAUUAGGGAAUUAGAACAAAGCGAACGAAUACAAAGUAGGAAAAUGCUGUGAGCACUUGCAGCAAUUUUGCGAUUUAAAGAGCAGCAGCACAGUAUACAUAAGAUGGUUACAAAAAAAAAUUUACGUCCAAUGCUGGUGCAUUUUUGUGCGGUUAAUCGCAACGAGACCAGCAGACUGUCGUAGCAAAUGCGUUCAAGCAUUUCACCACAUUGAGCCAGCAAUGAGCUGUGUCGUCCAUUAGGCUUCGAUAUGUUGAAUUUUCCCAAGCGGUAACAUUUCUCGAUAGCCAAGUUCAAGGCAGCUUCAAUGUUCUCUAAAUUCUUUCUUGCCAAGUAUUCGUUCGACCUAUACUACGCCACACACACACACACACCUACACGAAAAAUCAACAACACAUACGUGCAAGAAAUUAGUUUCAUUACGAAAAAAUGUAGAUAUUAGCAAACUCUUAGUUUGUACAAAUAUUUAAAUUGCCACAAGAAAUACUUAUUACUAAGAUAAACGAAAAAAGCAUAUACGCAUAUACAAAUAAAACACCAAUUCAUACUACAAGCUAAUUAAAAAAAAAUAAAUUAUAAAUAAUCUGAAAAAUGUAUAGCUUUAAUGAUAACUGAGAAGCAAACAAAAAGCAUAGCUAAACGCCAAGAAAUUAUAUGUACGUAUGUAUAUUUACAUGCAUCUGUGUGUAAUUCUGUGAAAUAAGAAAAUAUGUGUGCUAAAACAAAAAAAUUGUAUCAAAUUGUGUGCAUGUGUGCAUUUACAUACCUAAAUUAAGUGUGGCGAUAAUUUCCAAAAACGAAAAACAAAAACACAUCUAAUUCAAACAUACAAAUCUAAGCCUCACACACUCAUCUUUGCUGCUUGCUGGGCUGUUACCUAAUUGCUAUUGCAUUCAUCGUGCGUUGCAAUUAAGCGAAUGUUGCAUUUUUUUAAACUUAAUUUAAAUUAUUGCAUACUUAGACUCACAAAAACAAAAUAUACAUAUAUACAAAUAAAAAUAGCAAACACGCGUACACUUUAUAGGAACACGUAUUAUAAAAGCUAUUAUGAAAUCGUAACACAAUCACAAACUAUAUAUAUAUAUAUUCUUAUUCUAUACCUUUAUGGCGCUUGUUCAACAUUUACAUUCAAACUUACGUAAUCUUACAAAACAAAACAAACUUAUUAUUACUGUCGUGGCCGGCAAAGUAAACUCCCGUACGAAGAGGAAGUGUGCGCAAAUUAUGACAAUGUUUGAUACAUUUGUGUGCGUAUAUUAUUUCAAAGUUGUUGCUACAAUCGGCCACCCCUAUAAUUACGCAUAAUACCUAUGAUUACACUUAAUUUUAUUUUCGACAAAGCGUAGAUUGAAAUACAAAAAUAAUAACUGAAAUUUAUUUCUAUUUUUGUUCUGCUUUUCUUUAUUUGCCAAUUUAAUCUGUAUCGAAAAUGAAUUAAAAUUGUUAGAAAUAAUUUUCGAAGUCGAACGCCCGCCCGUGCAGUACAAUUAUAAUUCCUUGCGCAUUAAAAUUCAUAUUUUCAAAAAAGAAGUUAUUUUUGUAAUUUGCUAUAUUUUCUGUUGAGAUAAUGCACAUAAAACAUGAUCUGUUUUUAUUUAAAAAAUUUUAGGCUGUCCCACAUGCAUCCGCAAUGUGUGCAUGUGUAGCAGUGCAGUUGUUUUUUUUUUCUUUUUUUCAAAAUCACAAUUUGUGUGCUCUACAUUAAUGAUGAUUAUUAUUAUAUACUGCUAUUAUCAUUACUAUUAUUUAAAUUGUUAGUUUUUAGUUGAAAUUAUUAUUAUCAUAAUUUGUAACAUCAUAAUUUUAUAAAAAAAAAAAAAUUUAUGAAAUAUGUAUGAAAAACAAGCGAAAUAUAAUAUUUAUGUAAAAUUAUUUGAAAUUUGUUGUGCAAAUUAUCUAGUAUAUUUAUAUAUGUAUGCUAUUUAAUGCGACACACAGCCAACCACGCAUCUUAAAUAAAACGAAAUACGAACCAUAGAAGUUAAAGAAAUCACGAAUAAAAAAUUAUGAAAAUUCUUGUA